CAACGUCCCUGACCAAGGAGAGAAGAGCAGGCAAUCUGAGAACGAGGGGAAAAAAAGGGCCACCGGCUGCAAAAUGAUGUCUCUCAAGGAGCUGUGCGCCUAUGAAACACCAUCCGUUGCUGAAAUGCAGAACUUCAUGUUGGCUGACAGACGCCCCACUGGACAUGUCAACCAAGUGUGGCCUAAUGUGUACAUUGGCAACGAGGUCGCGGCACGAGACAAGCCAAUGUUGUAUAGUAUGGGGAUCACACACAUUGUGAAUGCUGCUAGCGGACCCCCUCAUGUCAACACUGGACCCCGCUUUUACAGAGACAUGGAUAUUGAUUACUUUGGAGUAGAGGCUGAUGAUUCCUCAGAUUUCAUCAUAAGUGUGUUUUUCUAUCCCACAGCGAGGUUUAUACGAGCUGCACUGUCAAAAAAUGGGAGAGUGUUUGUCCACUGUCUGAUGGGAGUGAGCCGCUCUGCUACCCUGGUGUUGGCCUUCCUCAUGAUCUGUGAGGAUCUUACUCUAAUGGAGGCCAUUAAAGCUGUACGGCAACACAGGGACAUCUGUCCUAAUCCUGGCUUUCUUAACCAGCUUCGACAUCUUGACAUGAGCCUCGUACGAGAGAGGAAGAAAAAACUGGAAGCUUACAAAUUAAAAGCUCCUAAAGACAAACCGUUGGCCUCUCAAAUGCAGGCGGUGUAUGAGACACCAUCUAUAUCGGAUCUGCAGUGUCUGCUCCUGACAAACAGACAACCUUUCGGACCCGUCAGUCUUAUCUGGCCCGGCCUGUACAUCGGAGAUGAGUCAGCAGCUCGUGAUAAAGGACUCCUCGCUGAUCUGGGAAUCACUCACAUUGUAAACUGUGCCGACGGGCCGCAUCGCAUCAACACGGGCGCUCAGUUUUACUCAGACAUGAGUAUAAGUUACUGUGGAGUGGAGGCUUCAGAUCACCCUCAGUUUGAUUUGAGCCAGUAUUUCUGCUCCACUGCGUCCUUCAUUAAAGCUGCACUCACUCAAAAUGGCAAAGUGCUGGUCCACUGUGCAAUGGGAGUCAGUCGCUCCGGAGCCUUGGUCCUGGCCUUCCUCAUGAUGUGCGAGAAUCUCACUAUAACGGACGCCAUCAUCGCUGUCAGGUUGAACAGGGGCAUCUGUCCCAACUCAGGCUUUCUAGAGCAGUUGAGAACCCUGGAUAACCAUUUAAAGAGAUAAUUCACUCAAAAAUUAAGCUUCUGUCAUUUACUCACAUUCUGUCAUCACCAUUGUGCCAAUCACGUUUACACACUGCCUUUGAAAUUUUCGUCUGUCAUAAAAUUCGGAUCAGGUUCUAUUUUCUGCAUUUUCGCAUCCGUAGCAAGCAUUUUGAUAGGAAAGGACGACGAAUGCGAAACAAUGGAAAACAAAAAAACGCAUACGAAAAUUUCGGACUCAGUGUGCAAUGACCUUUACUAUUUAUAACUAAAUAAAUAUAUAUUACUCCAGUCUUCAGUGUCACGUGAUCCUUCAAAAACCAUUCUAAUAUGUUGAUUUGCUGUUCAAGAAACAUUUUUAUUAUUAUUAUAAAUAUUUAAAAAGAGGUGAGUGCAUUCUUUCAGGAUUCUUUGAUAAAUAGAAAGAUCCAACGAUCAGCAUUUAUCUGAAAUAAAAAGCUUUUGUAACAUUAUACACUAUACCAGUGGUUCUCAAACUUUUUAUACCCAGUACCACCUUAGAAAAUAUUUGUCUCGCCAAGUACCACCAGCAUUAAAAUACAGCGUAUUAGGCCUAACUAUUCAGCUACAGCUCUGCACAGUUCAAAAGCGAGGCAGUUUUGUUCCUAAUAAGAGUAUUGUUGUCAGCCACUUUAACAUUGUAAAU